GCCCAUCAGUGCCACAUAUCAGUGCCUAUCAGUGCCACCUAUCAGUGCCAGUCAGUGUCGCCUAUCAGUGCGCAGCAGUGCCGCCUAACAGUGCCAGUAACUGCCGCCUCACAGUGCCAGUCAGUGCCGCCUAACAGUGCCAGUCAGUGCCGCCUAUCAGUGCCAGUCAGUGCAGCCUAUCAGUGCCAUAUAUCAGUGUCAUGUAUCAGUGCUGCCUUUCAGUGCCCAUCAGUGAUGCCUGUCAAUGCCCAUCAGUGC